AUGAUCGCAGAUCCCGUUAAUUUUCUACCCGUACCCGAUCGGGUUUGGAUUCUGAAGAAGAAAACUCAAUUACGCAAAAUUCCGAGGCAUUGCUGCUGUCCUGGCUUUCGUAUGGGUAAGAUUCUGAGAGAAACCGCGAGGCCGUCCUUUAGUUGUUCGUCGGCGUCACCGUCGUCCGCGCCACCGGCAACGACGUCGUCGACGUCGGUGACCGACACGGUGAAGGGAUCGCACCGGUUCAAGAUCACGGGGUAUGCUCUGUCGAAGGGGAUUGGGAUUGGGAAGUACAUAGCGUCGGAUAUAUUUUCGGUGGGAGGGUACGAUUGGGCAAUCUAUUUUUACCCUGAUGGGAAGAGCGUGGAGGACAAUGCUACGUACGUUUCGCUCUUUAUCGCGCUCGCUAGCGAAGGGACGGAUGUUCGGGCGCUUUUUGAGUUGACCCUUUUAGAUCAGAGUGGGAAGGAGAGGCAUAAGGUGCAUAGCCAUUUCGAGAGGACCCUCGAGAGUGGACCCUACACGUUAAAAUACCGUGGUAGCAUGUGGGGUUACAAGCGGUUUUUUAAGAGAACAGCACUAGAGACAUCAGAUUACCUUAAGGACGAUUGCCUUAGUGUUAAUUGUAGUGUUGGUGUUGUGAAAUCACACACAGAGGGCCCUAAAAUAUAUAAAAUUCCAAUUAUGCCUUCUAACAUUGGUCAGCAACUUGGGAAGCUAUUAGAAAGUGGGAAAGGCAGUGAUGUGAGUUUUGAAGUGAAUGGAGAAAUUUUUGCCGCUCAUAAAUUGAUAUUAGCUGCUCGCUCACCUGUUUUCAGGGCCCAACUUUUUGGUCCUAUGAAAGAUCAGAAUACCCAUUGUAUAAAAGUUGAAGACAUGGAGGCUCCAGUUUUUAAGGCAUUGCUUCAUGUUAUAUAUUGGGAUUCACUACCUGACAUGCAAGAGCUUACUGGGUUGAACUCAAAAGGGGCUACUACAUUGAUGGCUCAGCAUCUACUAGCAGCAGCUGAUCGGUAUGGCUUAGAGAGACUUAGGCUGAUGUGUGAAACAAGUCUCUGUGACGAUGUUGCAAUAAACACUGUUGCUACGACUCUAGCCUUGGCAGAGCAGCACCAUUGCUUCCAACUGAAAGCAGUCUGUCUGAAAUUUGUUGCACGGCCUGAAAAUCUCAGAGCUGUGAUGCAAACCGAUGGUUUUGAGUACUUGAAAGAAAGUUGCCCAUCUGUUUUGACUGAGCUUUUAGAGUACGUGGCUAGAUGUACCGAGCAUUCAGACUACUUGUGCAAACAUAGGAAUGAAGCAAUACUUGAUGGCAGCGACAUAAAUGGAAGGCGGGUGAAGCCAAGGCUAUAG